AUGGAGCCGGCUGGUCUUGCUGUUGGCAUCGUCGCCCUGGCUGGUCUCUUCAACAACGCCGUAGACUGCUUCGAAUACGUCCAGCUCGGUAGCGCUUUCGGUACUGAUUUCCAAGUCAGCCUGCUCAAGUUAGAUAUUCUGCGGCUGCGACUUUCACGUUGGGGCAAGUCUGUUGGGUUGGAUGGCGACUUGAGCAAUGCUCACGCAAUCAAACUAGCGACAGGCCCUCCAGAGGAUAUUGAAAAAGCUGGAAAUGUGCUAGGGCAGAUAAUGGACCUCUUUGCAAAAAUGGAGAGUAAGUCCAAGAAAUACCAAAGCCGUAUGGGGGAGAUCGACGGGGACCUUAAGGUCCUUGACGUGGCUACAAACCUGGAGGCCUCAGGCCAGUCGUUACACGAGAAGAUGCGCGCUAUGUCCAUCAAGCGUCAAAACAGCACGCCUUUACGACCGAAAGUGCAAUGGGCAUUGUAUGAGAGGAAACGCUUCAGGGUAUUGCUUGAAGAUGUCACAGAUCUUGUCAAUGAUCUCGUGGAAUGCUUUCCUGCGUCACGCGAAGAACAGCGCAGGCUUUGCACGACUGAAGCUUCUACUAUUGGCUCUGGAGAUUGUGUUUCUGCUCUCAAAGACGUCAUCGCGCAACAGGACGGAGACCUCCAUCAAGCUGUUGUCCAAAUGUUGACAUCGAAGGUUAGUAUCUGA